AUGGGAGGAGAUUUUCGCCAGGUGCUUCCUGUUAUUGAAAAAGGAAGUAGAGGACAAAUGAUUUCAGCGUGUAUUGUUAGGUCUCAAUUAUGGGCCACCACAAAGAUCCUACACUUGCGCCAAAAUAUGCUAUCAAUUCAUGACCACGAGUUUGCACAGUUUCUGAUGAGGAUUGGAGAUGGAAAUGAACCUGCUAAAGAGGAUGACAUGGUCAAGAUGCCCGCUGAAAUUUUCCCUAGAGAUGAACAUAUUUUGUUAUCUUUUGAUGAGGUUGAGGGUGAUACUCAUGAUCUAUAUCAACAGGAAUACUUACACACAAUUGCUCUUGGUACUUUACCACCACAUAUUUUAAAGAUAAAAAUAGGGAAUUUUCUUGAUGUUGAAAUACUUACAGGCCACAACGCUGGAAAAAGAGCUUUCUUGCCAAGAAUUAAGCUCAAAACCACUGAUGGUGUCGGACUUCCUUUUGUGCUUAUUAGAAAACAGUUUCCUGCCAAACUAAGUUUUGAAAUCACUAUAAAUGAAUCACAAGGACAAACAAUUCCAAAUGUCAGAAUUUAUCUUCCACAACAUGUUUUCAGUAACGGACAAUUGUAUGUUGCUUUAUUAAGAGGUGUUUCGCGGGCUGCAACAAGAGUGAUAAUUAAAGACGGAAAAGUAGAGGGGGAAGAAGGGGAUUUUACCAAAAAUAUAGUUUUUAAAGAAAUUUUGUUGUCACAACCUCAUGAUGUACGGGUUGAACAAGAAAAAGUUGGUAUCUUCGUUCCACAAGGUCGUUAUGAUAUCUUGGUAGAAUCGAUUGGAACCAAGGAGCAUGUUGGACGUAUCCGUGGUCUUGGAAGAGGCGUCAGCUUGAAGUUACAUUUCAACCAUCGUAACGAAUUAACAAAUUGUUUUAAAUAUGCAGAAAUUGGAAUCAAUGGGUGUGCUCAACCACCCAAUUCCAAAUCAGUUGGACAUACAUGA